GAAGCUUGUCAUUGGACAAGAGUGGAGUGCAGACACUAGAUAUGAUAAGAGGGGCGAUUGGGAAUUCCCCGGAACGGAAAAACACCUUUCGUCCGAUAGAAACUGAAAAUACAUGGCUUUGAGUUCUUCAGUAAUACGCAAAACUCAAACGAUUAAGAUGCAAUUCGAUGAAAAAACUCGCUAGCCGUCGCAGCGUUUUCAGCUGUCCUCGGUUCUGUCUACAAAUUUAAGGGGACCACUUGCACCCUUAAAAGGACAUAAACAUCGCUGCCUUGUCACUGUAAAAUAUUGCAUACUUCUUGUCGUUGCUCGCUUUAAAGCCCGUUUUCUGGUCCAGAUGGAGGACAUGCAGUCGCAGACGGUGCAGUCGCAAACAUUACCAGAUUCUGGGGAUCAACAUGCACGGCCUGAGUUCGGCAUCGGAUUCGCGAAACACGAAAGUUCCAAAGGGAUCCAUGCAGUCCAGUCGGAAGAGUGGUGCGACAGCGGGCUUGGUUGUCUUAGUGGCGGGGCGCUCGGCCUCGAUGUUGCAUUUGGUAAUGAAAACGAGUCCUCACGAGCCUGGGAAUCUACCCCAUCCACUACCGUCAGCACCGAAACCAGAUCCGAACCCCGGCCCACGGACUCCUGCGUUUCUCUUGGCUGUGGUGAGAGACUGGACUCGGCUUUGGGUGACUCGAUAACGGAUGAGAUGUUGAGUUGCAUUUCCCAGGGAAUGGGAACCAUGCGAUUGGGAGAGGGAGCUGGAAGCGAUCCGGUAGACCGGAGUAGCAACCUGAUCGGGGAGGAUAUACAAACGGGCCCGCCGGAGGAGCGCCAGAUGAGGGAGAUCUUCAACACCUUGAACUUUGUGUCGGAGGACGGAGACACGGCACUCCACUUGGCACUCAUCCAUGAACACUGGGCCUUCGUGCAGUAUCUUCUGGGGGUGAUAUCUCUGGAUCAGAGUUUUACGCCCUACCUGGACAUCCAAAACGACCUGGGGCAGACGGCACUCCACCUGGCAGUAAUUGUAGACCAGCCGGAGUGUGUGAGGGGGCUGCUUUGGGGGGGUGCGAGCGUGGAGCUGCAGGAGCGGGGGGGUCACACCCCGCUGCACCUGGCCGUGCGUGAGGGCAGGGUGGCGUGCGUGCGAGAGCUCACCUCCAGUCCCACCAACCCGGAGCACCUGCGCAUCACUAACUACUCAGGGCUAAGCGCUCUGCACCUUGCUGUGCAAAAAGGAGAUGAGGACAUCGUGAAGAUGCUGCUGGAUGCAGGCGCCGAUGUCAACCAGAGAGACCUGAGCGCGGGCCGUUCGCCGAUGCACUGGGCCGUGGAGUCCCAGAGCCCUGGGGUGGUGCGUCUCCUCCUCAGGGCGGGGGCCGCCGUGGACCAGCCCUCGUACGCGGGACACACGCCCCUCUACUGCGCCAUCCACAGGCCCAACGGGGAAGUGCGCCACCUGCUGAGGGAGGGAGGGGGCUCUGCGCUCUGGGGCCGGGAGGAGGAGGAGGAAGAGGAGGACCGGGAGAGUGAGGAGGAGGAGUUUGAUGACUUGAUCAUCAACGGCCAUCGUGUGCUGUAACCCAUGAGUGUUGCCAUGGAGACGAGCCAGCAGCCUACAAACACCGUGCCAUUCCAUGCAGCACGGCAGUUUGGAGACUGAGCUAUGUACCUGUGUGGGGUGUGUGUGCGUGCGUGGGUGUGUGUGCGUGCGUGCGUGCGUGUGUGUGUGCGCACAUGUGUGUGUGUGAAGACAGUCCGGGGCAUUUUCAGGCAACUAUUUUAAUUAUUGUACCCUAAGUUAGAUCAAACUGCUGUUGAAGACAACCAUGCUCUGGGGUUAUGACAUCUUGUGUGUGUGUGUGUGUGUGCGCGCGCGCACGUGCGUGCAUGCAUGGGAGAGAGAGAGAGAGUUAGAUGGCAUAUUUUAGAAUACCACACUGGCUGAGUAGUCCUCUGUAAAGGACUGUACCAUUAUUGUAGAAGGUAUUCUGGGGGUGGGGGUGUGUGAAGGUGCUGGGUUUGGACUUGAGCUUGUCCAUCUCUUUUACUUUAUAGUGUUUUGCUUCCAGUGCGACUGCCCAGCGUGACAUAGUUCAGGUUCAGCUUUAAAGUUUGCAGCCCCGAGUUUGCUUCUGUAAACUAAAGAGAGGUAGUGCCAUUCCGUGCUCCCAAGUGAACCUGCAUGAUUGAGGUUAAGUGGAAGAAACCACACUGGGAGCAUGUUGAGUUGUUAGCUUGGCUAUUUCUGUAAAUUGAUUAUCGACUUAAUAUUUUUGAGGCACCACGAAUUGUGUCGGCUUUCUUUUACCAAAAGGAUUGCAAAAGAUGCUUAGCUAAAUCGGGUGGCGUGGGUAAGUGGUCAUAUUCAAAGGUGAGUGACAGUGUACAUAAAGAGGGGAGAAAGAGAAAGGUAGGGAACAAAAAGGAGGGAAAUUGGAAGUGGGACAAAGAUGGAGUGGAGAAGGGAGCGAGAGAGAGAGAGAGAGAAGGGAGAAGGAGAGUCAAAAAACGGUGUUGCCACACUUAAUUUUGCUUUAUUGCUCUUUGUACAGUAGCUUGAUUGUAAAGAAAUACUGUCUACAUCAGUGCAUGUGUAUUCCUCUUUUUUCUAUUAAUCUUGAAGAGUACUGAACCUCCUAGCAGUGACGGCUUGAGCUGACCGUAAAACGGAUAGAUCCCUGUCUCGCUUUUUGCUUUUGUUUUCUUCACUAGAAUGCUUUCCAUGAGGAAAAAACUUAAAUAAACCAUUAAAAUGAGAUCGA